UUCUAAACGGUCGCGUUUUUGAUGUUCUCCGCCACAAAGGAUCAAUCGGCAUCAAGCCGAGGUACUGCACAGGUUUCUACCAGCAGUAAUGAUUAUCGUAUCGUCCUGCCUCGUCUGCCCUCCGGUAAGCUCGUCGCCGACUCCGUUUUUCUGCAUGCAGACCUCGCUGGUCGUCCUUACCGGGCCCAAGACUUUAGAGAUGCUCUCCGGAACGUUAUCGAUCUCAAAGACAUAAGCUCGAUUGGUCAAUUUCAAAUGUCACAUGUGUGGAUGGUGACUUGCAAGACAGCGCUAGCUAAAAUCAAGCUAGUCACUUGUGGUGAAUUUCUGGUUCAAGGCCGCCGCUGUGUUGUGAUAGACCCUGAGCCUACAGAAGUUAAGAUGAAGCUGCUAUGGCUACCUGAACGCAUGGAAGAUAAUUACAUACGUGAAGCACUUCAGUCAUUUGGGAAGAUUAAAGCCAUAUCUGCAGAAACUUGGAGGGUGUCCGAUAUGGAACAGAUGCGCACACUUAAUCGAGACGUCGUAGUGUCACUGGCGGAUGGAGUUCGCGUCAGUGACAUUCCGCAUCUACUGACUGUUUGUGGCCUACAGAGCCUAGUACUCAUUCCUGGCAGGCCACCGUUAUGCCUACGCUGCCACAGAGUCGGGCACAUUCGUCGACACUGCCGUACGCCACGAUGCGAGGAUUGUCACCGGUUCGGACACUCUGCAGAAGAAUGUGUGGUGACAUACGCCGGUAAACUACGGAAUCGCACAAGACCACCCGACGAUGCGUUGCAGGACCAUAUCAUGGAUGCUACUGAAGUCUUAGAUGCAACGGGUGACCUUCCAGGUGCUGUGGAGUCUGACGCCAACGCUGUCGACAAUGCAUCGGUAAGUGAGUGCACAGUCGCGGCGAUAUCUGAAGACAAGGCAGAAAAUGCAGAUAUGACGCUCCACUGUGUGAAGGCAACGCCGACUGCUUCUGAGCCAAUGGCGAGAGAACAGGAUAACCUCAGUCGGGCUACUGCUGCAGAAACUUCGAAGACGGAACCGCCUAGUGCACAGCCCCAUCUUACAGCACGCACUGCAGACGACCAUGUCUGCACCGAAAUACCUGCAAAUAACUGCAUUGUUACGACGCAGAUUGGAAAAAAACACUCGUUCAAAUUUCAGACCGAACUGGGCGCUCUGGAAACUUAA